UAAAACUGCCUUCUUCUAAAAAGUGUGUUUUAGUGUUUUAUAAACAUUGAACAUUUAUUAUUCCAAUUUGUUCAGCUUGUUAGUUGUUCAAUUUGUAUUCGUUAUUAUAAUUUGUAUAAUGUAUAUUGCGUGAAAACAGUUGAUUUAUGUUGUAUUAUAAUACUAUAGUUGUUUAUACAUAUGUAGUUACUGGUAAGAUAUGACUAUUUCAUUGCUGUUUAUAAUUUAUAAAAUAGAAAGGUGAUUUUUUUUUAAUUUUAAUUUAAUACUUUGUUUACUUAAAUUUCAGCAUUUGUUUAUUUCACACGUCAUGGAUGAUCCAAAUAUAACUUCUACUGUACCUUCUACUGGAUUUUUACCUACAACUUCUGCAAAUUAUUUAGUCAUGCCAUUUACUCCUACUGUACCCAGUGUUCCAAUGCCUCAGUCUAUGGUAUGGAAUCCAAUGCAACAACCACCAUUGGUUGUACCUGUUACACCUCACGUUGUAUCUGCUCCUCCACGUUUCAAUCCAAGAGCAAUUCGAAAAAACUUCCGCCAGCCAACACCUUCAGAACCACCAAUUACUGUAUUUGUUGGCAAUAUUGAUGAAAAAGCUCCUGACGCUAUGAUCAGACAUAUUUUAGCAACUUGUGGGAACAUUGCUUCUUGGAAAAGAGUACAGGGAUUUGGUUUUUGUGAAUAUUAUGGAGCAGAAGCUGCAUUACGUGCUAUUAAAGUUUUACAUGACAUGGUUGUUGGUAAUAAAAAACUUGUGGUUAAAGUAGAUGCAAAAGCACAAGAAACAUUAGACCAGUUUAAGGCAGAAAAAAAAGGUGCUGAUGAUUCUGAAGAAAAUCAACAGUUUGAAGUAUACUGUAGACAACGAAUAAACAGUAUAAUAACAGAACAUAAUGAUGAAAUGAAUAAAGAAGGAAAACAGAAUGAAGAAGAAGAUAAACCAAGUAUAGUUGAUGGUGUUGGAUUUGAUUUGGUACCAAAUGAAGACGAAAAAAAAAAUUUAAUUUCUCGAGAAAUAGGUAAGUUUCGAGAAGUUAUGAAAAAACGAGAAGAAGAAAAAGAAGUUGAAAGAAAAAAAAAACAAGAAAAAGAAAAACUGAAUGGCAGACAUGGAAGUCCAGAUAGUCCAGAUUCAGAAGAAAGUAGAAGAGUACGUCGCAGAGAAGAACGUGAUAAAAGAGAUAAAGAAAAAGAAGAAAGAGAUAAACGAGAUAGAGAACGAGACGAACGGGAUAAACGUGAUAGGGAAAAGAAAGAAAGAAGGGAUAAGGAAAGAGAUCGGGAAAAAAAAGACAGAGAAAAAAGUAUCGACAAAGAAAACCGUAAAGAAAAAGAACCAGAAAAAGGCAGAGGACAUUAUGAUAAAAGUAGAUUAAGAGAAAAGGAAAUGGAAGAAGAAGAACUUGAACUAAAAAAAGAAGAUGAUAGACGAAGAGAAAGAGAAUUGGCCUACCAAGAAAAACGUAAGCAGUGGGAAAUUCGUGAAAAUCAGAAGAAAAAAGAAUUAAUCAAAGAUCGUACUAAAAAGCAAAUUAUAGAAGAUGAAAGAGAAAGGAAUGCCAAAAAACUUAAAGAGUUUUUAGAAGAUUAUGAUGAUGAAAAAGAUGAUCAAAAAUAUUAUAAAGGCAGAGAGUUACAAAAACGAAUUGAGCUUAGAGAAAAAGAAAUUGAAGAAGACGGGAGAGAUAGACAAAAAGAAAAGGAUGAAUUGGACACAAUCCGGGAAAAGAUAUAUAACAGUGACUACAAAGACCCAGAACUAGAGUUUGCAAAAGUAUUAAAAGCCAGAGAAGAAAUGUACAAGCCCAAAUUAUUAAUAGAUGUGGCUGAAAAACAAAAGGAUAAAAUAAAACGUUAUGAAAUGGAAAUUGAAAAAGAAAUCGAAAAACAGAAGACCGUAGAAGCUGAGCAAGAACGAGAGAGACGUUUUGUUGAAAAAGCUUUAACACCCAGUCCACAGCAGCCAGUUACACCACUUAGCAAUGAACCUCAAACUCCUCCACCUGAAUUUGCACCUAUAACUCAACCUACAACAAUGAUGAUUAAGAAAAGAAUGGAUGUUAAAGAUGUAUUUAAUAAUGAUGAUGAAGAAUUACCUAGACCUAAAAAAAGAAAAUUAGUUCCUCUUGAUUAUACUGACAAAAAAGAAGAUGAAAGUAAAGCUGUUGAAGAAAAGAAAAAAAAUAUUCGUCAGUUAAUUGAACGUAUUCCUACUGACAAAGACGACUUGUUUUCAUUUCAUCUUGAUUGGACUGUUGUUGACAACCAAUUGAUGGAAAAACGGAUUAGACCAUGGAUAAAUAAAAAAAUUAUCGAAUAUAUCGGUGAGCCAGAACCAACUUUGGUAGAUUUUAUUUGUUCAAAAGUAUUAGCUGGUAGUAGCCCACAAGCUAUACUUGAUGAUGUUCAGAUGGUACUUGAUGAAGAAGCAGAAGUGUUUGUAGUGAAAAUGUGGAGACUUCUAGUAUAUGAAGUUGAAGCUAAAAAAUUGGGAUUGGUCAAAUUGGAAGAGAAUGGUCAUAAAGAUCCAUAAUAUAUUUAAUGUGUAUUUUAUUAUAAUAUUAUUAUUAUGAUUGUGGUACUAUUGUAUAACAAUAUAUUGUCGUAACAAUUAAAAACUAUUAAAUGUUUUUAUUCAAUAUCAAUUCUUAGUGUUACCGUUUUCAACAUUAUUUUGACUACUAUCAAUUAAAAUGAACUUUGUGAUUUCCAAUCUGUAUUCUGUACUAUAUUUACUUUAGGUUUAUAAAAAUAUAAUACUUUUUUAAUUAUCAUUCUAAUCCUUUGAAUAUACACCAAUUUAUUAUGUAUGAAUGUACCUAUUAUGAAUGUAUAUAUAAUUACUGCAUAGAUUUAAAUAUUUUUAUUAUUAUCAAUUAAUCGC